AUGGGAAUACAAAGUACAAAAGUUUACAUUUUAUCACUAAUCAUAACUCUCGCAACGGGAACAUCUCUUGUCGUAUCUCUAAUCAAUACCGUCCAUAUUUCACGCUAUGCAAUCUAUGCUCGAACAUGGCAUGCAGCAUCCCUCUUUUUAACAACCCUGGCACUCCUCAGCUGUCUUAUUGCACAAACAGUAAAUCUAUACUUUGAUGUGGAAUGGACUGCUCUCAUUGCAGUGUUUAUCAGCCUAUCUUCGGUUGCGCAUGUUUUGCUUCAAAUCCAAACUCUAUCACCGUGUUUUGGACCAAAACGAAGUAGUGGGGACAAAAAAGGAUGCAUGUGCAAGAUUGCUUCUGCAAGGGUGUGGAGUAUCUUGAUGCAAACUGCUAUUGUAGCUGUUCAUUUUUUUACCGUCAAGCCUGUGUACGACAGGGCCAUAUUUGGGUUUAAACCCAAUAGUAAUUAUUGGGAGAUGAUGUGGUAUAUAAAUAUAACAUGGCCGUGGAUUAUGAUUGUAGUAGCAAUAGACUUUACAUGCGCUAUAAAAUAUAUUCUAGUUCUUAGUGAAGCAAUCGAAAUGCUCGGAUGUGUAAGUAUAGACUCUGAAGAAGAUGAAGAUGGCGCUGAUUUAAAAAAACUCGAAACGAAACAUAGUAUUUUGUACGAUAAAAAGACCUCUACGGAUCCUAUUCAAUCAAAGCUUAAACGGGAUAAUGAACAUAGACAUACAUCCACCGCCUUGUCACCGUCUUCAACUCGUUCAAUCAAUGUAGAAAAAAUGUCUAGGGGAAAGCGAUCGGCAUUGUUUGCUGCAUAUGUUCGGGGCCUUAUUCUUACGGCUGGAGUCAGCAUAGCUGUAGUAAUUAUGGUGCUUUUAACAGUCGCGUUACAAGAUCCCCGUAUCAAAGUACCUAAAAGUUCUAAAAACUAUUCGGGGGCAAUGUGGACAUGUCUGGUUUUGGGCCAUAUCGAAUUGACUGGAUUCUGCGCAUUGCUAACAUCAAGGAACAUAAUGCUUGCAAGAAUGCAGGAUCCAAUCUAUCGAGUAUACGGAGAAGAAGCAACUCGAGAUGAGGGAUUUAGUUCUGCUGAUUCACUUUCCAAUGUCAAGAAAUAA